AUGACGUUGCCGCCCCUCGGUAGCUUCGAUCCGCGCCAGCAGACUAGCGCAUCCUCCGUCUCCUCCUCGCCUCCUCAUCACCCUCCUCAACACCCAUCAGCAGCGGUGUCUUCCGUGUCACCAGAGUCAACAACUUCUUCUUCUCCGGCACUGGGAUGGCACGCUCGAACAAUCUCUAUCCCUCGCAAGCCCGUGCCGCUCUCAUCCGUAUUCGCACCGAACAAAUUCGGCCCAAACGUUCAUGUCACGGAGACGGCGUCCGCCGCCGACAACGACACCACCACGACGCCAAAGACGACAACCACCAGCGGCCCGAUGGACACGCAUGGUAUUGACUUGAGCUCGCUUAGCGGAUCGGCGCAUUACCGCACUGAUCUCACGUUCCACGGCAGGGACUCGCCUGAGGAUGCCUCAGCAGAUUCAGAUGAACUUCACCACCACCACCACCACGGCAGCGACCAGCGCCACGAUUCGCGGGCUGGUCUGCUUCAGAAUGCGCAAGAAUCGGUCUACGAUGGGCAUAGCCCACCUCCUCUCGGCGCACAGCAGCAGCAGUAUGAGCAUAACCAUGAGCAAGAGCAGCCGCCCAAACCGCCGCCGUACGUCUCGGCGAACUACCUCGGCCCGCCGAAUGAGAGGAAAAAGAUGUUCCGGAUGCGAACGGCUCACUGCAGCUGGCACUCAUCAUGGAACAUGUACCUCUGGCUCUUUCUCGGCAUCGCCUGCGCCAUCGGCCAUCACGUUUACUACUACUCUCUGGAUGGUCAACCUGCAGACGACCAGGUGCGGAUGCUGCGGUACGGAACGAUCCUUGCUUUCGCGGCCAAGGCGAGUCUUGGCGCCGCCGUGAUAUCGGCUUUCCAGCAGCGGAUUUGGACGACUGUGAGGUCGAGGUUCAUGAGCAUUGCCGCCCUGGAUUCCAUGUUUGCUGCCACUGAGAACUUUAUCGCUUUGCUGAACUGGGAGUUCCUCAAGGGCGCCAAGGCGGCCGCGGCUUUGGCACUGUUUGUAUGGCUUUCUCCUCUGGUAGUCAUUCUCACAGCCAACACUUUGCUGGUUGAGCCCAAGACCAUCCUUCAGAACACAACCUGCCCAGCCGUCCGCAGUCUGAAUUUCGCAAGAGAGGACACUCACGAUUGGCGGAACCCCAUCAAGAUUGACGGCCGUUAUGAGAUGCCGCUGUCCAUCUGGAAUUCCACCAAGCCAGCGGACUCGGACCCGGAGGGCUGGUUCGACUACUACACCGGGCCGAGCCCCAACUUUCAGCAGACCGCGACCCUCGGGGCUUUCCUACAGGACGUCGUCGCGCGGAAGAAUGCCUCGGUGGAGGUGUGCAGCAAAGGCUGGAACUGCACCUUUGAGGUAGACUUCACGGCCCCGGGGUACAAGUGCAGCGAACAGGCUAGAGGCAUCGGUUCGACGCCCGCGAACCUCACGCAGGAGUCGGGGCAGGCCAAGCCGCCGUUUGGGACAGAUCUUCUCAUCCCCGACGGGCCCUACGCGUACUACGCUUUCACGAGUGGGGGAGAGUAUUCCACCACGCAGAUGAAGGACGUCGAGAUUGGUGGUAUUCCAAAGACGGACCCGCCGUACCCAGAGCACAUGGGAGCUCUUCGCACGGAACCGGUCAUCUGGAUCGGUCACGUCGUCCCGCCCGACGCCGAGCAUCCGGCUUCUUCAAAGGAAGGCGAUGAGAUGAUGCAAUAUGUCCCCAAGAUCUUUGCAUGCGAGCACUACGUGACGGAGUACACCGCCGUUUUCAACUACACCGACACCACUCAGUCGGCCUACAUGAAGACGCACAAAUUCACCACGCCAGUCAUCAACACGACAUACAUCCCAGGCCUCGACGCGGAUGACGGCACGGCAGACAACGUGACCGCGAUCCCGACAGAAAACUACGUUCUCCCCCAAGACGUCGAACGCUACCGCCACAUUGCCGCGUAUCACUCCCUGGGCUUCAUGCUACGCAAGUUCCUCAACGGCACCGUGCAGAUUGACAAGCAGUCCGCCAACCCCAUGGCCAACACGGAAGCCAUCCAGACCAAGCUCCUCGACCCCCGCAACAACUUCUUCCCCGUCUUUGACCUGCAGGACAUGGUGCAGGAGUUUUACGAGGACCUCAUCCUCUCCAUCUUCUCGACCCCGCAGUUCCUCCCCGUCGUUUGGGCCGCUCACCCGGCCGAGGUCUCGGGCGGCCUGCAAGAGGGCGGCGGCGCAGGAAAUCACUCGGCCUACCGGUUCCCCUGCCAGCGGUCGCGCAUGGCCAAUAUGUACAGCUACCACGCCCGUGACCUGUGGAUCGUGUACGCCAUCGCCAUCCUGCUUGCCACGGCGGGCGUCGCGGCCGGCGCGCUCGCGGUGAGGGAGAAUGGCGGGGUGCUGAGGAACACGCGCUUCUCCAGCGUCGUGGCGGCGACGAGGGGCCCGGCGUUGGAAAAGGUGAAUUGGGAGGGGCCGGAUCGGGAUCGGGGCGAUGUGCCGGGGGAUGUGAAGCAGUUGAAGCUGGGGUACGGUGUGAUGGGCCAGACUGGUGGGAGUGGAAUGGCUCCGGAUGGGAGAUACCCAAGGGCCAGGGAUAGCAUGUUCUGGUCGCCGAGCGAGAUCAGGUGCGGGUUUGGGUUGGAGGGCGACGUUAAUCAGAGGCGGAGGGAAGGGUCUUUGUUUCAUCGAUAA